CAUGUCUACCCCUCUGAGCUUCCUCUUCCUACCCCUCCAGGCCUGCAGGGCAUCACAGAAAGCGCCAGUAAGAUGGAUGGCCCCAUCAAUGUCUCACUGGUUCAUGGUGAUUCCACGCCGAGUCUGCCAGAGUACAAAGUGGUCUCAGUCUUCCUAGUGCUCCUGGUGUGCACCACAGGAAUUGUGGGCAAUGCCAUGGUAGUCCUGGUGGUGCUGACUGCACGAGACAUGCACACACCCACCAACUGCUACCUGGUCAGCUUAGCUCUAGCUGACCUAAUUGUGCUGGUGGCUGCGGGGCUGCCCAAUGUCUCUGACAGUCUGGUGGGGAACUGGAUCUAUGGAUAUGCUGGCUGCUUGGGUAUCACCUACUUCCAGUAUCUAGGCAUCAAUGUCUCCUCCUGCUCCAUCCUGGCAUUUACUGUGGAGAGGUAUAUCGCCAUUUGCCACCCAAUGAAAGCACAGACUGUGUGCACUGUGGCCCGGGCCAAACGGAUCAUCGCAGGCAUUUGGGGGGUCACAUCCCUCUAUUGCCUACUCUGGUUCUUCUUGGUGGACCUCAACCUCCAUGACAAUCAGCGCCUGGAAUGUGGCUACAAAGUAUCCAGAGGCCUGUACCUGCCCAUCUACCUGCUUGACUUUGUGAUCUUCUUCAUUGCACCCUUGCUGGUGACCAUGGUGCUCUAUGGGUUCAUUGGGAAGAUCUUAUUUCAGAGCCCAUUGUCCAAGGAGGCAUGGCAAAAGGCAAGACAACCCGAUGGGCAGGGCGCACCAGGCAGCUGCUCUAGGUCCAAGAGCUCCAUGUCCUCCCGGAAGCAGGCCACCAGGAUGCUGGCAGUGGUCGUGUUCCUUUUCGCAGUGCUGUGGACCCCCUACCGCACACUGGUGUUGCUCAACUCUUUCUUGGCCCAGCCUUUCCUGGACCCCUGGGUCCUGCUGUUCUGCCGCACCUGUGUCUAUACUAACAGUGCCAUCAACCCUGUCAUCUAUAGCCUUAUGUCCCAGAAGUUCCGGACAGCCUUCCUAAAGCUGUGCUGGUGCAAGGCAGCCUGGCCACAGAAGCAUACAGCAUGCAUCACUGUCAGCUGCUACAGUGCUGCCCAGGAGACCCCACUAGGAGCUGAGAAGAUGCAGCUGGGCUCUAAUGAGGCCUCAGGUCCCUCAGCAGCUGGGUCCCUGCAUUGCCAGCAAGAGCCCCAUUUCAGUGUGUGAGGGCUCCUGCCUGACUCCUGACUCCACUCUGUGUUGGCUUGCUUGCUGGUCUGGUUGAUAGCUGCUCUGAGCUCUGGUGGAUCACCAGGUAAAGGCCAGACAGCUUAUUGCUUAUGGGUCAUCAGAAGUCCCUUUACUAUAAAGGAGGACACUGGAAUGUUCUCAGCUGGAUCCUGUGUGGGUAGCUCUCCACUCUGAAGUGAGGCCAGUGGGAACAGAGAGCUGGAGGCCCAGUCUUUACCCCCUGUAUGAUCAAAACCUUUCAUCUGUUUUCACUCAGUACUUUAAACACAUUUUGGAGUUUAUUAUUGAAGAAAUAUCCUUCCAGGAUUUGAUCACUUCUGUCCUUUGGUGAACCCAUGUGCACAGGUUUCACAUGUGGUCAUUAGACAAUGAGGGUUACAUAGAAUGGGUGUCCCAGCCAGGCAC